AUGGUGGCCACCUUCAUAUAUUUCUCCCUCAACUAUCGAAUCGGUCGUCCAACAGAGGCAAAUAUUCACGACCAAACAAACCAACAACCAACCACCCAAGGCCAGGGUGUUGUACUUCCGCGGAAAAUAUGGCAAAUUUAUCUCACACCGCCGAAUGUCGAUAAGAGCGUUUUCAAAAUCGACCCCGUGCAACUGUCCGACGCAGCCUCCUGGCUAGCCCAUAACCCCGACUAUGAAUACGUUAUGGUUGGAGACAAAGGCGCUGAAGAAUUGAUACUCCAACAUUUCAAAAACAAUUCCACAUUAUUGAGAAUAUUCCGAGAGCUCAGAAAUACCGGGAUUAAGUCAGACCUGCUCAGAUACAUGAUCCUGUCAAUCAAAGGCGGUGUUUAUUCGGACAUUGACACAGAGAACCUCAAGCCUAUUGACGUGUGGGUGCCUGAAAAGUAUCGCAACGAUACUCAGGUAGCCAUAGGGGUGGAGUUUGACCGUCUUGAUGGGCCUAAUUGGGGUGAAGUCCACCCCGACCUGCAAUUUUGCCAGUGGACCAUAGCUGCGUUUCCUGGGCACAACCUCUUCAGCCAUAUGGUAGAGUGGGUUGCAUCAAAAUUAGAAGCCUUUGCAAUGGCACAGGGAACAACAUUCGCAAACCUCAAUGUCACCGCAUCCGAAGUGAUGGAAUUGACAGGACCGGCUGCCUGGACGGACGCUGUGUUCUGGCAGCUGCAGCAAUUUGAGCCAACCCUUACGUCGUUGAGAAACUUGAGUGGGUUGACAGAGCCGAGGCUUGUAGGAGAUAUUCUGAUACUGCCGAUUGAUGGUUUUGGGAUGGGCCAGCCGCACUCGAAUAGCACGAAUGACGGGUCGGUUCCAGGAGAUGCGUUGGUACGACAUAAAUUCGGGGGAUCAUGGAGGCAUAGUGGCAGUUAG